AUGUCAAUAAAUCUCAGUGGUUCUAUAGCAUCCACAGAUGUCAAAUUAAACCUUGGUGGAGACUUUAUCAAAGAAUCAACAGCUACCACAUUUCUGAGACAAAGAGGGUAUGGUUGGCUUUUGGAAGUUGAAGAUGAUGAUCCCGAAGAUAACAAGCCACUCUUGUAUGUAAAAAUAAUAUGUUUUGUUUUAAGAGCUAUGAUUAACAUGAGUAUCAUGGUUCCUAUGAUAUUUAUUUAUAAUUCUGAAAAUUCACAGGUUGCAUACGGCCAAGUUCUUGGAGUUAUAGGAUAUUCAUUACUUCCUCUCAUUGUAAUAGCUCCUAUACUUUUGGUGGUUGGAUCAUUUGAAGUGGUGUCUACACUUAUAAAAAGUAUUAUAAAAGCCAACCAGUUUGCUUCUUUGGGGCACUUAUGGGAGCAAAAGGAUGAUGAGGAAGAGCUUCUUAAUGUGUAA